AUGCAGAGAUUAUAGGGUGCCACACUAAGUUUAUGGAGCAGCUUUACUCCAGUACCUCAGUAUGCAUUCGCCACAUUGAAUCUGAAAUAAUUGAAAUAGAGAAUGAAGUCUGUGGGAUCAAUUAGAAAGAUUACCAAGGCCAUGAAGAUGGUUGCUGCAUCCAAGAUGAAGCAAGAUGUCUAAAGAUUAGAAAAUGGAAAGUACUUCGGAGUCCGAUCACUCCAAGAUUUAUUUGCCCAAGAAACCUAUCUAUAGAAGAAGCAAUUGACAUUUAAGAUCAAUAAGACUCUGAUUGUCCCAAUCACAUCAGACAAAGGACUUUGCGGUGGCAUCAACUCAUCAAUCAUUAGAGAAACCAGAAGCAUUGUCAGAUAAAAUCGAAAUGCCUACAAAUUAUUCCUGAUUGGCGAAAAGUCCUUGGGAGCCCUCUAAAGAGGUUUCCCUGAAUUGCUCACUCAAGCAAUAACAGCCAUCUAAACACCAAUCAAUUUCGUGAAUAGUUCUUCCAUCGCACAUCAGAUUCAACUCAAUGUCACAGAUGAUAUUGAUUAGAUUUCCAUCAUUUUCAAUUAAUUCAAGAAUGUGGUUCAAUAAGUUAUCAAGCGAGUUGAUCUACUCAAUAGAAAGAACUUCAUUGCUCAAUUCAGAUUGGUUACUAAAUAUGAUACUGCAGAACCUGAAAAGGAAUUCGUCCAAAAUUACAUGUACGAAUACUAUGUAGCUACUGCCUUUUAUCAUGCUAUGUUGAAUAAUUUUGCAAGUGAAACAUCUUCUAGAAUGAAUGCUAUGGAAAAUGCUUCUAAGAAUGCAGGAGAAAUGCUUGAUAAAUUGACUCUUGAAUACAAUAAGGUUAGAUAAGCCAAAAUCACAGUAGAAUUGUGUGAAAUCAUUUCAGGAGCCUCAGCUGUCUGAAAAUCAUAAAGAAAUAUAUAUAGAAAAACAUUACAUACCUAUAUUUACAA